UACAGACUCCAUGGUGACUGAGCCAGGACCCCAGCACUGCUACCCACUGAGCCACCCUGCUGCCCAGAGCCUGGAGUGAAGGGUUCCUUAGGUGCAGGACUCUCGCAGAGAAAGUCUUCUUUGUAAGAUGAUGGCGCUUUUCAUAAAGGACCCACCAGAGAUGGAGAAGGACAAAAACCACAUUGCUGCCAUGAUAAUAGACCUCUCCCUAGAGAUCAUCUCCUUGAUAACUGGAGAGGAUUACACAGUAGUGAAGAAGUCGUCUGAGGAGUGUGUGACACCUCGUGUGUCAGGAGGACGGAGCAGGGCCCAGAGCCCCAUCACCGAGCCUCCACCUCAUUCACUGAUACAUGAGCAGAAGAUCCUAGAACUUACCAACAGGAUCACUGACCUGCUGAGCGGAGAGGUUCCUGUAAGGUGUCAGGAUGUCGUUGUCUAUUUCUCCAUGGAGGAGUGGGAGUAUUUAGAAGGACACAAAGAUCUGUACACGGACAUCAUGAUGGGGAAUCGCGUCACUUCAUCGGAAGGAUCCAGUCAGAGAAAUCCACCAGAGAGAUGUCUGUAUACCCAGUACUGCCCAGAGGAGAAGCCGAAUGUCCUACUGGUACAUCAGGAUGUCAUGAUAGAGAAUCACCAGCCCCUAAUAUCACCAGAUGGAUCUAGUCAGAGAAAUCCACCAGAGAGAUGUCCCAGUCCUCUAUAUUCCCAGGACUGUCCGGAGGAAGAGCAGACUGUCCCACUGGAUCAUCGUGACGUCAUGAUGGAGAAUCACCAGCCCCUCACAUCACCGGAUGGAUCCAGUCAGAGAAAUCCACCAGAGAGAUGUCCCAGUCCUCUGUAUUCCCAGGACUGUCCAGAGGAAGAGCAGAAUGUCCCACUGGAUCAUCAGGAAAGUGAUGGAAGUGGAAGGACGAGUGGCCUGGAGAACCCCACAUCAGUGACUGAUGAAGACAUUACGAGAAGCUCCCAAAUACAUCACCUUCUAUCUGCCUCUGAUGAGGUUGAAGAGAAUCAAUCAGAGAUCGGGAAUAGCAGAACUGAACAUAGACUAGAGAAUGAACAUUUUGAACACAGGAAACAUUUUGCAAAGAAAUUUUCUCUUUCCUUACAUGAGAGAAUUCAGAGAGAUGGAAAGCCUUUUUCAUGUUCAGAUUGUGGGAAAUGUUUCACCUAUAAAGCGGGUCUUGUUACACAUAAGAGAAUUCACACAAUGGAGAAGCCAUACUCGUGCGUGGGAUGUGGAAAAUGCUUUAUGCAUAAAGAUUCGUUUCAGAAACAUCAGAGAACUCACACAGGGGAGAAGCCAUUUUCAUGUCCUGAAUGUGGGAAAUGUUUUAUAUGUAAAAGUGUUCUUGUGAGACAUCAGCGAAUUCACACAGGGGAGAAGCCAUUUUCAUGCCUGGAAUGUGGAAAAUGUUUUACGCAUAAAGAUUCUUUUGAGAAACAUCUGAGAAUUCACACAGGGGAGAAGCCGUAUUCAUGUCCUGAAUGUGGGAAAUGUUUUACCCAAAAAUCUAAUGUUAUGAAACAUCUAAGAAUUCACACAAAGGAAAGGCCGUUUUCAUGUUCAGAAUGUGGGAAAUGUUUCUUGGUUAAAGGUACUCUUGAUAGACAUCAGAAAAUUCACACUGGGGAGAAACCAUUUUCCUGUUCUGAAUGCGGGAAAAAUUUUAUACAAAAAUCAGCUCUCAUUUACCAUCUGAAAACUCACACGGGUGAGAAGCCAUUCUCUUGUUCUGAAUGUGGAAAAUAUUUUAGCCAGAAAUCAGCCCUGGUUUACCAUCUGAAAACUCAUGCAGGUGAGAAGCCGUUUUCCUGUUCGGAAUGUGGGAGAUGUUUUAUCCUGGAAUCGGUUCUUAAGGAUCAUCAGAGAACUCACACGGGGGAGAAGCCGUUUUCAUGUCCUGAUUGUGGGAAAUGUUUUAGAACUCAAUCAAGUCUUGUAAUACAUCAGAGAAUUCACACGGGGUUGAAGCCAUUUUCGUGUUCUGAAUGUGGUAAAUGUUUUAGAACUCAAUCAAAUCUUGUUCAACAUCAGAGAAUCCACACCAAGAAGAAGCUAUUUUGAUUCACAGAUUUUAGAAAUGUGGUGGGUGGGUGGCUCUAUUGUAGGACCUGCUGCCUUAGGAUGGCUUCUGAUUCUGUCGCCCAAUGGGCAGCAUAAACUGGUGACUAAUCUGCUUAGCAAAUCUUUAGGUCACUUACUGUAAUUGGCAUUGCCUCCUAUUUUUUCCUGUAUCAAUAGGUGGCAGUGGGUGGAGAGAGCCCGGGUCCACAUGAAUAUGAGGACUCAUCUGCUCACACUCUCUAUUGAACAGAUUCCAGUACUGGAGCUGUUUGUUACUAUUUUUUAGGAAAAUGGCUCAGAAAUUAAUCCAAAGUUUGGAGGAUCGGUCACUGGUUUAUGGUGACCUUAGUUAGGGCAGCAACGAUCUGGUGAUAC